AUGAUAGCUUUGGCAACUACAACCAGUGGUGUAGCAGCAACAAUAUUAUCAGGAGGUCGUACAAGUCACUCUAGAUUUGACAUACCUCUUCAAACAAAUGAUACAACUAAGACAAAAAUGUCAAAACAGAGUGGUGUUGCUAAGUUAAUAAGACAAGCAAAAUUAAUAAUAUGGGAUGAAGCACCCAUGGAAAAGUGUCAAAUAAUUGAAACAGUUGACAGGAGCUUUCGCGAUAUAAUGGAUGUCAAUGUACCUUUUGGUGGAAAAGUAAUGGUCUUUGGAGGCGAUUUCCGACAAGUAUUGCCAGUUGUUCCAAAAUCUACAAGAGCAGAGACGGUUAACGCAAGUUUAGUGAAAUCAUAUUUGUGGCCUUUAAUGAAAAAGAUAUAUUUCACAACUAAUAUGAGAGCAAGAGCAGAUCCAAAUUUCAGUAAUUUCUUACUUCGUGUUGGUAGCUGGGAUGAGCAAACAGUAAAGAAAAAUUUAAUAUGUCUUCCAGAACAAAUAGUUAUUAAACACAAUAGUGAUGAUAAAGCAGAGGAAUGCUUGAUAAGAGAAAUAUUUCCAUCACUACAUCAAAAUGCUAGUUCUGCAUAG